UGGGUUGUUUUUAACCCAGCAUUUUAGUCAAUCCGAACAGAUAGGCUUUUUAAUGUAAUUGCACAACACCGCAAUUAUUCAGAAUUACAAUAAUUAAAUGAACGGGUAAUGAUAAUCGUUCUUUAUUACUAAUCUUUGCACACCUUGGAGUAAUUUAUAUUCAUUUGCACUGAUUGCUGUGAUUUAAAGGGCUGUUCUCACUGACCAUGUGACUCCAGCAUACAGUGAUAUUCGGCCAAUGGGGACGCAUGGGACUGUGUGUCCCCCUCAGACCGUGUGGAGAAGUUUACCGGUCCGGGUGCAAAGUCUCAAGUUUCGUUUAACUUCUCCUGGAGAUUCAACGAGCGUCUUUUAUUCCAUCAUCAGUCUAUGGCGGCCGGUGUUUCUCUCUAAUAAGUAUGAAUGAGCGUCUCGCUGUGCUGAACACUUUAGCAACUGAUAAUUCGCGAGUUGCCAAUAGCAACGCGUUUAUUUUCAAUAUUAAUCUCUUGUUUAUGCCAUAGACAUCAGGAAAUGUAAAUAUUAUUCGCGCAACUCUUUGCCGUUGAAGAUAAAUAAUGGGUUUGGGACCGAAUCGGGUGCGCUUGCUGUGUAUGCUGUCUUUAACGCUUGUGUUUUUUAUUGUUGAAGUUGUGGUAAGCAGGAUAACAGCAUCUCUCGCAAUGUUAUCAGACUCUUUUCAUAUGCUGUCGGAUGUAAUAGCCUUGGUAGUGGCUUUGAUUGCCGUGAGUUUUGCGGAGACCACUCGAGCCACGCGUAAAAACACGUAUGGCUGGAUCCGCGCAGAAGUGAUGGGAGCGCUAGUGAACGCCGUGUUUCUGACGGCCCUCUGCUUCACUAUUCUUCUGGAAGCCGUCGAGCGCUGCACGCUGCCGCACGAGAUCGAGAAUCCACGCGUGGUCAUUUGGGUUGGCCUGGCUGGUCUCCUGGUGAAUGUGCUUGGUCUUUUUCUGUUCCACGGACACGCAGGGUUUGGUGGGCACGGGCACUCUCAUGGAGGUCACUCUCAUCGGGGACACGGACACUCUCAUGGUCACAAGACGAAAAGCAGAGAUUAUGAAAAGCCAAAGGCACAUGAAGAAGCACAUAAUCUCAUGAUAAACAGCAGCAGUUCUCAAGGAGACCAAACUUCUGAGAUGAAAUCAGACAGCCUAAACAUCAAAAUCACUGCCAACGGCUCAUUGGAGGACCUGGAUCACAGUUCCGAGUCGGCUUCCCAGUUGAACAUGCGCGGAGUGUUCCUGCACGUGCUCGGGGAUGCGUUAGGUUCUGUCAUUGUGGUAGUCAACGCCUUGAUUUUCACUUUCGUGUGGACGCCGUGCCACAGCGACGAGAUCUGUUUCAACCCCUGCCGCAGCACCCACUUGACUGAACACCAGCAUGUUAACACCACAGUCCUGAGCAUAUCCAAACCGCACGACAGGACCCCCAGAACCGUAUCUGUAGCCGGACCAUGUUGGGUGCUUUAUCUGGACCCAACGUUAUGUCUAAUAAUGGUGUGUAUUUUGCUCUACACAACUUUCCCUCUCCUAAAGGAGUCGGCUCUGAUCCUGCUACAAACUGUACCCGAACAGAUCGAUAUGCACAAGCUGAAUGGGAAACUACAGAGCCUGGAUGGUGUUAUAGCCGUUCAUGACCUGCAUAUCUGGCAGCUGGCCGGGUCUCGCAUUAUUGCAACCGCUCACAUCAAAUGCGCAGAUCCGGCUACUUACAUGGACGUAGCCAAACGCAUUAAAGACAUUUUCCACGAUGAAGACAUCCAUGCUACUACUGUUCAGCCAGAGUUUGCUUCCAUUUCUGAAGGGUCUGGUGACUCACCAUGUGAGCUUUCCUGUCAAAGUCAAUGCAAACCCAAGCUAUGUUGUAAUCCGACCAAAAGGGCUAAACCGGAGUCGGAGCAGGCCAAGAUUAAAGAAAAGACCUGCAGUCAUCCCGUUGGAUGGGGUGAUCAGAAGGAAGUGGAGAAAACUGUACAUACGGAGAUAGAAUCAACAGUUUAGGUCAAGAAGGACAUAUUGCAUGAGUUGCACAUUAGCACUUGCUCAUAGCUGAUUGUCGCAGGAAAUAUGUGAAAUUAGGGCAAUUGUCUGGAUUAUUUCUAAUCUGCUUAUUGCAGAAGUAUGUCUCAGAGAGUUGGGUUUGCUGAAGCCAGCAACAUUAGAUUUCAUGCUGUGUUCUGUAUAUAAACCUGAUAUAUAAAAAACUGAAUACAAUUUUUUUGUUCAUA